AUGCAUAUCCCGCCAUACAUUAGCCGACCAACCGAUGGUCCGAAAUGUCCUCUCAAUGUUCAUGACACUAUUGACUCCAUCAUUGGCAUGGGUUCGAAUAAAAAGACAUCGCGAUCACGGUUUGGUUGUCGCACCUGUCGUGCCCGAAAAGUGAAAUGUGACGAAACACCUGGCGAAUGCGGCAACUGUGCUCGAUUACGACUAGUCUGUUCCGGCUACACCACGCCGCUGAGGUCUCAAACAACCAGGAGUGAAGUAGAUCAGGAAGAUUCCGUGAGAGGAAAAAGGACAUUUCGUUCUUGCAUAGCAUGUCGUACUUCGAAGACCAAAUGCUCUGGUGAGCGACCAUGCCAACGAUGCCGUUGGAAAUGUUCAACCGAAUGUGUUUACGCCGAGUCUACACAGCCUACUUGGGUGCGCAGAGUCAACGUGAAUCCGACAGGCAACGAGGACUCCUCUCCAUCUUUACCUCCCAUGCCUGAACCAUCUUUUGAGCAGACACCGUCUAGGCGGGACAAUCUGCCUAGUUUAAUGGAGACACCGCCUAUAUCACAACAGGCUUUUCCCUUGGUGGAAACCACCGGGAGUUCAUUAUCUCCACUUGACUGGCUGUCUACUCAUUACCUCCCCAACUCAUCGAGAAUCGCGAUGCUAGUCGAAGAGUAUUUUAACAACAUCCACCCUCUGCGCGCCUUUGCUUUUAUGCACAAACCUUCUUUCCUACAGCGAUUGGACGGAGAGCUUUCAAAGAAUUACCAUAAUAAUGCUCUUUUACAUGUGAUAUGUGCAUUAGGAGCCCAGUUUUAUGCUCUGUCUUACAGCGUGACCACAGCUCAACUUGAGCCCAAAUUGGUCCUUCUUGCUGGCACACAAUGGGCCAAAAUUGCCCAACGACUCAUUCUUGAGACCAUAGAUCGUGUCACCAUUGAAAGUCUAAUGGUGCGCACCCUGAUUGAAAACCUAGCCUACUUCUAUGAUGUGGCGACCGUUUUGCUUCAUGAUUAUGCGGUUCGAUUGGGGAACUUUGCAAACGCUUUCAUGUUAAGUGGACUCACCACACGAAUGACCCAGGCGCUACAGAUCAAUCUCGAAUACAACACCGACAUCCUCUGCCAAGAUACCGAUAACGGCCUCCCAGUUACAGCAAAAGAGUCGCGUCGGCGGUUGAUGUGGAGCUGCUAUAUCAUGGAUGCGCUUGUUGGCAGCGGGGUAGACCAGCUGAUGUUGAUGGAUGAAAGAGACAUCAAGAUUCAACUUCCAUGCAACGAGCGCAACUUCACUCAGCAAGUCCCCUGCCUCACAGAAACUUUAUAUCCUGGGAGUUGGCUUAAAAUCCUACCGGAAGAUAUAGAUACAAAGACUCUAUUGCCUAACAUGGGCAUAAUGGCAUAUUUCAUUCGACAGAUCUCAAUCCGGAAAAGGGUUCUAAGAUAUAUCAAGCAUUUAGGUGAAGCCAUGGUCCCGUGGGACCCUGCGUCGGAAUUUUCGCAUUUAGAUUCAGAUUGCCGGGCAUGGUAUGAUUCUCUACCAGCAAGUCUACAAUUCACACCCGAUGCAAUGUACAUUCGCAAAGACACGUCCCAGUUGGGCGCCCUGUGUUUGCUCCAUUGCACGCACUAUCAAACUAUUUGUGACCUAUAUCGAUUAGGGGCCCCUGCGCUUUACAAACUCCGAGCCGCUUUUGACUUCCCUCCUGAACAGGGGGAAUUUCUUCGGCAUCUGCAACAAGUUCUCUUUGACUCAGCUCGGGCUUUGGCGACCAUCAUUGGUCAGACGGCUGCGCAUGGUCCUCAAAUGUUGUCAGACUCCUGGCUUCCUACCAUCGCAUAUGACAGCAGCCGGAUCAUGGUAUAUCAUUUGACUCACAUCCUAGAUCCGCGUUCACAGAAUGCAAAAGCUCUGGUACUGGCUGCAAUUCCUCUGCUACGCAGCAACAUCAACGCGCUAAAGCUAAUGGGAUCACUCAAUGCAAUCGCCAGUUCACUUUCAUCCGCAGCAGAAACCAUGCUUGCUCGUUCUGGCAUUGAGUCCGAGGUGGUCACCCGGAACAUCAUACCCGAUGACCCGUAUCAGUCAGCCGAGGAGGAAGACACGAGUGACGACCAUCGGAAACCUCCGGUUCAAAGUGCGCCGGAUUACGUCCUCAAUCCGCUCACUAUUUUCCGAAUGGCACGCAAAUCUAUACCAGAGCGACAUGCCCCCGAAAAAGCGGGCAACACGUCCGCAUCUAAUAGUGUGCUCCCCGAAAGUAGCGUCGAUAUUGAUCAUUCCCCUUGCGAAAUUGUUAGCGAUACCGGGGCAGACAAUGGUACAGCUGAGUUAGAAGUUGAGCAGCCUAGUCUUGAGGAGCUACAAAGUUUAUUCAUGUCUGAUCUUGGGUGGGCGUGGCAGCCCGCAGACACGGCAGUUGGAUCAGGAACUGAGGGAGGUGGCCUACUGCCAUGGGCAGGUGGAUAUCCCACCACUCAGCCACAACCAUGGUUACCUGUGUUUCCAUUUCCCCGGCAAACCUGA